CAGCAUUAAAAACAUCUCCACCGGAUUAUGUUGAGAAAAUUAACUAAGUUAUCGACCUUAAAGGUCAGAUGUGAGCUGCGAUCCCUUUCUUCGCUUACACAGACCUCCCAAAACAUCUUUGACAGAAAUGCCAAGCGGUUGCAAAAGGAGCGUGCUGCCCUCAGUGAAAAUGUUGGACUUUAUGAUUACCUAAAAGAAGAGGUGGGCUUUCGACUGGCGGACCGAGUAUUCGACAUUAAACGAGAGUUUAAGGCAGCCGCUGACAUUGGAUGCAGUCGUGGGUACCUGUCGAAACACAUUCUUGCAGAGAGCGUGGAGCAUCUGACGCUGACGGACUCCAGUGCCACCAUGUUGGAGCAGGCCCAGGGCACUCCUGGCCUCAAAAUGCGGAAGUUAGUGAAGGAUGAAGAAACUUUAGAUUUCGAGGAAAACUCAUUGGACCUGGUCAUCUCCAGUCUGAGUCUACAUUGGGUAAAUGACCUGCUCGGCUGUUUUGCCAACAUUAAGCGCAGCCUAAAGCCUGACGGAGUCUUUAUAGCUUCUAUGUUUGGAGGAGACACGCUGUACGAACUGUGCUGUUCCCUUCAACUGGCGGAGUUGGAGCGAAAAGGAGGAAUUUCCUCGCACAUCUCGCCCUUUACCCAGAUACGGGACAUAGGUUCUCUGCUCAACCGCGCUGGCUUUACAAUGCUAACCAUAGAUACGGACGAACUGGUUAUCGGUUACCCCAGCAUGUUCGAGUUAAUGUGGGAUCUUAAAGGAAUGGCCGAGAAUAAUGCCGCCUUCAACAGGCCAGUACAUCUUAGUCGGGAGACGAUGCUGGCGGCGAGUGCCAUAUACCAGGAGCUGUACGCAAGUUUUAGGAGCUCCUGUAGGAGCAGGAGCUGUACAGUUUUAUUUGAAACUUGCUUGAACAUAAAUUAAACUUAAAUAAACAUAA